GAAGCGGCGGCGGGCGCUGGGUGAGACCGGCCGUGGCCGCGGGUGCUGUGACCAGGAGCGGCCGCGCGGUGGCGCCUGCGGCGCGCUGGUGUCGCGGUGUGACGUCAGACGCGCGGCCCGUGACGUCACGGGGCGGAGCGGACGAUGCUGAGCCGGCUGCAGGAGCUGCGCAGGGAGGAGGAGACGCUGCUGCGGGUCAAGGCGGCGCUGCACGAUCAGCUCUGGCGGCUGCGGGUGGAGGAGCUGGCGCUGCAGUCCAUGAUCAGUGCUGGUGAGGAGAAGGUCCCUGUGCCCCUGCCAGCCUUGGCCGAGGACACUCAGCAGACUCUUGUGCAGAUGGACAACGAGGCUGCUAUCAAUCAAACUGAGUUACACCUUAGUCUUCAGGAUGACAAAGAGGAGGAAGAGGAGGAGGAGGAAGAAUCUGAUUCUUGAGAGAAAGAAAAUCAGAGAUGGUUUUUAAUACAGACUCAGGAAUUUCUUCUUCAUUCAUCUGAAACUCACCAAGUGAUUUCCAUUUUGUGCUGUGUGGAUAUGAACUAUUUGAUAUAUCAGAGUCGAACAUGUGAAUUUCACAGGCUGGGCACAUCUUGACUCAGAUGUUGAAAGAAUGAAAAUCUGCUGCACAAAUAUGUAGCAUAAUCCAUUCCACAUUUCAAACCUAAUGUAGCUCUUACAACAUCUUUGGAUGUGGAAGGAGAAGUAAUUGGUCAACCAAACUAAUUAACACGUGUACUAAAAGCAAUAACUUUGUUCUCAUUUCCUGAUGUGAGAAACAAAUCCAGGUCCUGGAGGCUGGUGCUGCCCCAGUGAUUGCAUUAUAACCUCAUUUGCCUAAACUGGGAAUUUGAGAUACAGGGUGAGAAAAGAUGUGUCCAGAGCUGUCUCCAGCCUUCAGCUGCUGUGUUCUCAGUUCCAUGGAAAGCUGGAGUUACUCCCAGAGUCCUCUCAGUGUCAGCCCAAUUCUGAGCACAGCAGGGAGGUCUCUCUGUCCCCCUGGUGUUCUUCAGUUCUGUUAGUCUGUCCCAGAGAAGGAUUUUCUACUUCUGCUCCUUCAGAGCAGCAGCCAAGGAGCCUUUUAUUUGUCCACAAAUUAUAGAGCAAGAAAUGAUCUGUGGUGCUUCUAAUAAGCUAAUACUCUUAAAUUGUUGUUCUUUUCUUUUUCUCUCAUUGUAACCUCAUAAAUCAAGACAAGGUCACCUGCCUUCAUGUGAUUCUCAUGAAGGAGUUUAAGAACUUAGUUAUAAAUGGAAAGUUUUAUGAGUGUUAAUUUGGCUCUUGUUUGGUUUGUACCAAUGGAAACCAUUGGGAUGUAAAUGUGGCUUCAUCCUGUACUAAAGACUGUUUGGGUUGUGGGGAUCUUGGAUGUCUCAAGGAAGGAAUUUAGAACAGGAGUGAAGAAGAGAUUGUUUAACAAAGCUUUCCCAAGCCUGACAGGUAAAAAAGCCCCAAAAGCCUGAACCAAAAAUGCUCUGGUCAAAUAAGCCCUUGCAGUGAUGUGUGUGAAGAGCUGGUUUGGGAGAAGCUCAGGAGCCAUCCUGGCCUUUCUUAGCACAUUUCAACUCCAAAGGGUAAUUUUAACUGUUGAAAAAUGUUAUUUGUGCCCAGCAUGGUUCAGGGUAGUUUUCAUGAAUAGAAUUGCUGCUGCUUUUGUGAACAAGUCCCUUGCUUUUGGAUUUGAACAGCCCAGUUCUAGUGCAUGUUGCAAUAAAUUUUCCUGCUGUCCUUCCACACAA